AUGAACUCCGAAUACGAUUAUUUGUUCAAACUUUUGGUGAUUGGUGAUUCAGGUGUCGGCAAGUCGUGUUUGUUGCUGCGCUUCGCCGACAACUCGUUCUCUGAAUCGUACAUCUCUACCAUUGGUGUCGAUUUCAAAAUCAGAACAGUUGAUCUUGAUUCCAAAACUGUGAAGCUCCAGAUUUGGGAUACCGCCGGACAAGAACGAUUCCGAACCAUCAUCUCCUCUUACUACCGUGGUGCUCAUGGUAUCAUCGUUGUUUACGAUGUUACUGACCAGAACUCUUUCAAUGACGUCAAGCACUGGUUCCAGGAAAUUGACCGUUUCGCCAGCGAGGGCGUCGUCAAGCUGCUGGUUGGCAAUAAGAGUGAUAUGACCGACAAAAAGGUCGUUGAGUACAACGUGGCCAAAGAAUUCGCCGACUCCAUGGGCAUCCAGUUUUUGGAGACAUCUGCCAAGGAGUCCACCAACGUUGAGCAGGCUUUCCUCACUAUGGCCCGUGAGAUUAAGGAUAAAAUGACCACAGCCAACGAAGGUGGUGAAGAAAAAGCCGCUCUUAACCUCAAGGGCAGCAGUGUUAACGCCAAUUCGGGUGGCUGCUGUUAA